UGUGCCGUCGCGUCCUGCCUUGGCGGCCUCGCAUUUUAGACGCAGGAAACAGGCCGCCAAACAUAAUACACAUAAGUGCCCUUUAGGAAUCGCCUCGAAUUGCUGUAUCCGGAACCGCCAACCUCCCUGCCGCCGGAUCGAGGUAGGUGCCUCGAGCUUGAUAUCCGCCGCCGCCCAGGCACGUCAGUCGCAUUUCUGAUACAGGAUGGGCAAGGGCACAGACAAGCUCUACAUCACGCACUCGGAAUGGAGCUCGUCCGACUCCUUCUCGGCGAGCGCGGGGGCACGUGCGAACCCGCGUGAGGGCCGUCUGAGGAAGCUACCAUUCAACUUCUGUGCCGCCAGCCUCCAGCCGUUCAAGAACCCCGUAUGCACGAGCGAUGGCACCGUCUUCGACGUCGAAGUUAUCGGCGCCUGGCUCCAAAAGAACAGCACGAACCCCGUCACCGGCGCGCCGCUUGCGCCCAAGGACCUGAUCAAGCUCACCUUCGCCCGUAAUGCCGGCCCGGCCGGCGACACACAGGAUGGUGACCUGAUCGACCCCGUCUCGUACAAGGUCUUGACCGACAACACCCACAUCGUCGCCGUCAGACACGGAUCCUACGCAAACGUCUUCUCGUGGGACACCAUCGAGCGGAUGAACAUCAAGGCCAAGAUGUGGCGCGAUCUAGUCGACGACCAGGAGUUUUCCCGCGCCGAUAUAAUCACGCUGCAGGACCCUCAGGAUGCUUCCGGUCGGGACAUGUCUCGCUUCCAGCACCUGCGCGACGGUGGCGAUGCCAUCCUCACACCGGAGCAGGAAGAGCAGAGGAAGGCAGGGGACAUCAAUGUUGCCGCCCUCGGCACCAUGGGGCAAAAGGCCCUGAAGGCCAAAGAGGCAGUCGAGAGGGCGCGCCAGCUCAGGGCUGCGGGUGGGGACGUGAACGCGUCGGCGGGCAAGAGCCUUGUCGCGGCGGCAACGGCGGCGGCUGCCCGACGCCCCGCACAAUCGGUCUCGGGCGCCGCCUCGCAGCCGCGCGUUGGGAGUGCUGCCGUGUACACGACGGGCAAGGCCGCCGCGAGUUUUACGAGCACCAGCCUAACGCCCGUGACUAGCGGCGAGAGGGCGGUGAUGUCGGACGAGGAGUGGAUGCUUAAGCCCAAGCGCGUCAAGAACCAGGGAUAUGCGAGGAUAGAAACAAACCUUGGAGACAUCACUAUCGAGCUGCAUACUGACACGGCGCCCAAGGCCGUGUGGAACUUUGUCAAGCUCUCCCAAAAGGGCUACUACAAGGGCGUGUCCUUCCAUAGGAACAUCAAGAACUUCAUGAUCCAGACGGGCGACCCUUCGGGCACAGGCAGGGGUGGCGCCAGCAUCUGGGGCAAGAACUUCGAGGACGAGUUCGACGGGCCGCGUACGCACUCGGCGAGGGGCGUCGUGAGCAUGGCGAACAAGGGCAAAAACACAAACUCGAGCCAGUUCUUCAUCACGUACAGGCCGGUCAAGCAUCUCGACCGGAAGCACACGAUAUUCGGCCGGGUCGUCGAUGGUAUGGACGUACUCGCAAAGCUCGAGGACGCGCCGACGGACGGGUCCGACAGGCCACUUAAUAAGAUCGUCAUGAAGGACGUGGCCGUCUUCGUGGACCCCUUUGAAGAGUUCCUCAAGGAGAAGGGCCUUCAGGAGAAGGCUGAGGCAGAAAAGUCCGAUAUGCGGCAGCGUGGGACCGACGAUGACAAGGUCACAUGGACAGGCAAGCGCCUUCGUCGAGACGAUGGAGGCCCGCUCGCCCCGGACGAUGGCGGCGCUGGCAAGGUCGGCAAGUACUUAAAGCUAGGGGGAAAGGAAACAGCCCCUGACGGCGAUGGCCAAGGCGCCGGCGCUGGCCCGGAAGACGACGAUUCAUGGGCAGCCCCCGAACCAAAGAAGAGGAAGGUAGCAGGUGGAUUUGGGAAUUUCGACAAUUGGUAAACACAGUUAUAUACAGUCUUAUCACGAAAGGAAAGGGGUUGAAGGGGUCCCUCUUGUCAUCAUCGGCAUAUCAUACAACUUCUUCUCGACUCUCCCCAGGUUCCUGAACAAACGGCAGCUCCAUCCAACGCGGGACGACACGCCGGUUCUGCAUGAUGGAUGCUAUGGCCUUGGCUUGUUGCAGGCCUGACCCCCUGUAUAUCUCCUGCAGCCUGUUGAUGCAAUAAGUCUUCAUAGCGGGCGAGCAUACCGAGGACAUACCGACAUGAUACAGGGGCCAGACAAUAUUGUUGCCGGCCGAGGCUAGAAGCAUCAGGCGGUGGGUCUCUUCGUCGGGGUCUCGACUUCGGGUGGGGUUCAACAAGGUAGGGCCGCACUCAUCGAGAACGCGGUCCGCGAUGGGGAUCGUUGCGAGGUCUGGAGAACGGCAGGCGGAAACAGGUACAGCGCUCGGAGAGGGCACGGGCACCUGUUGCUGGCGGCGCGCAUGGGGUGCCGGAGCGCGGACCUCGACCGUGGCGAUCGGAGUGGCAGCCCCGGGAAGGGCAGGGCUGGUCAAAAGGCCCAGGGCCUGAGGAACACUGGCCACUAUUGCGCGGCACAACUUGGGGAGCCUUGCCCUGGCAGCCGCAAACGCGGCAGCGUGCCGAGGCGGGACGGAGGACGGGUCAACGUUUUGGUACCGGCUAUGUAUCUCGGUCAGGAUGGUCUCGAGAAUGAGCAGGCGGCAGGAACGGAAACCGUUCCAGAUGGCGAGCUUGCCCAUGUUGGGGUAAACGUGGCAGACGCCGUCCAGGGUGUCCGUGUGUGGGAAGGGAAGGUGCAGGGUGUGGUAGCGGUAACUGGAGGGCAGGUUGGCGAUGACGUGCUCAAAAUCAUCGUCCAUCUUGAUGAGGCGUUCUAUGACAGCCUCGGGCGAGUCGAGACUGCCACUCCGGACCUCAUGACGGAACUCAAGGACCCGGUAGAUGGGCAUGGACACCUCUAUGCGCGAUUCUGGGACGUUGAGCGACCUGAACUUGCGCGACAGCUCAGCGCGCAGAUCUAGCACCGACUGGGGCAUGGGCACGCCCUGCUGGAUGCAGCUCAGGAUAACCGUCUGACAGAGCAUCAUGAACAU